GCUUCACAACGCUUAGAGCAACAGCUUACAGUUGGCGAAAUAUUUGGCGAAAUAUUUGGAUUACUCUUCCACAGGAUCAAUAUUAUCAAACUCCACAAAAUGACAUUCAAAUUCAUUGUAUUCUCAGCGCUUUUGGCCGUCGCCAGCGCCGGCGUUUUACACCAUCCCGUCAGCUAUGCGCAUGUUGUCAAUCCCGCUGUGGAUGCCGUCGCCGCRACACACCAGAACGUGGUGCGCUCCUUCGGCGGUACUGUCUCCCAGUACUCGAAGAACAUUGAAACCCCCUAUUCCAGCGUACACAAAUCGGACACUCGCAUCAGCAACAACGUCUACACACCAGCCGUCGCUAAGACUGUCACCUACGCUGCACCGGCUGUGACAAAGACCUUCGUAAGCGCACCUUCACAAACCGUAUAUGAGCAACAUGAGGCCGUACCCGCCGUGUAUGAACACGUCGAACCCGCACCAACUGCUGCUGUUUAUACCCAUGCCGCGCCAGCUGUGGCCAAAACCGUCAGCUAUGCCGCUCCCGUUCACCAGCUGUAUCAUCAUGAGGCUCCUGUCGCCAAAACCGUGAGCUACGCUGCGCCAGCUCCGGUUUACCAACAUAAAGCUGCUCCAGUGGCCACCACCACCUACAACCAUGGUCCAGCUGCCACCACUUACACCCACAAUUCACCAUCGGUCGCCGCUUAUGGUUCCAGCCAAACUGUGCACUACUCACCCGCUGAGAUGGUCUCGCACAUGAGCUUCGAUGGUUUCGGCACACACUGGGGAUUCUAAGUAGCUUUUGCCRUUGCAUAAGACUGUACUGCGGAACUGUUCAACGCGUUUGAAUUUAUUUUGUUAAUAUUUUAACUUUUUGUUGUUKUUAUUUUGUGUUUACCGUASCAACACAUUUGUU